GCUCCGUCUGGUUCGCCCAAAUUUCCGUUUGACUCGUUCGUUUCCUUUCCUUGCUCGGGUGAUUCGAUUUCGCAAAAGACACACACCAGCAAAAUCACGCCAUUUCUGCUCUUCCGAGUUCGAUCUUUUUUCAAGAUCGAUUUCAGAUUCGUCACAGACUCUGCAAUUUGGAUCUCGUUCUUUUUGAAUCCAUUACUCAGACCAGAGAUUAAUCUCAAUAAUGAUGGAGAAGGCAGAUCCGGCGCAGAAGCUAUACACAAGAAUGCGGCUCUGGGAAUUUCCAGAUCAAUAUGUAAUUGAGCCCACUGAUGGAUCUUCUGGUCCCUGUUUGGCAAUCAGCCGGGUGGAGGGGUCAACAAAAUUUAUUGAUGACAUUCCACAGUGCAGCGCUGUUCGUGUUCCUAAAAUUCAGACAAUCUUUGGUGUGAUUGGGAUGUUGAAGCUUUUGGCAGGGUCGUAUUUAAUAGUUGUAGCAGAACGCGAAUGUGUCGGAUCGUACCUAGGGCAUCCUAUCUUCAAAGUUUCAUCCUUGAAAAUUUUUCCUUGUGAUCAUUCUCUCAAGAACUCUCCUGAUGAACAGAAAAGGAUGGAGAAUGAAUUUUCUAGGCUGCUAAAUGUAGCAGAGAGGACUCCUGGCCUUUAUUUCUCAUAUGAUGUCAAUAUAACAUUGAGUGCACAACGAUUGCAUGAUUUGGGAGAUGAAUCAAAGCUGCUACCUCUUUGGAGGCAGGCAGACCCCCGGUUUCUCUGGAACAACUAUAUGUUGGAAGUGCUCAUAGAUAAUAAGCUUGAUCCAUACUUACUUCCUGUUGUUCAAGGAAAUAUCCUUUUCUGUUUUCAGAACUUUCAAGCGGCCAUUGGGAAAGAUAUUAUUGAUGUUAUGCUGAUUGCGCGGAGAUGCACUCGGAGAACUGGCACUCGGAUGUGGAGGAGAGGAGCUGACUCUGAUGGCUAUGUGGCAAAUUUUGUAGAAAGUGAACAAAUCGUUCAGCUGAAUGGAUAUACAGCGUCAUUUCUGCAAGUUCGAGGGUCAAUUCCAUUGCUGUGGGAUCAAAUUGUUGAUUUGAAAUAUAAGCCUAAGUUUGAGAUUGUGAGACUUGAGGAAGCACCUCAAGUAGUUGAGCGGCACUUCUUGGAUCUAAGGAAAAAAUAUGGAAAUGUUUUAGCUGCUGAUCUUGUCAACAAGCAUGGAGGUGAGGGACGCUUAUGCGAACAGUUUUCCAAUGCAAUGCAGCAUGUUGUUGGUGAUGAUGUAAGGUAUCUGCACUUUGAUUUUCAUCGGAUUUGUGGUCACGUUCAUUUUGAGCGCCUCUCCAUCCUUUAUGAUCAAAUUGAGGAUUUCCUCAUAAAAAAUAGGUACCUGUUGUUAAAUGAAAAAGGUGAGAAAGUUGAGGGGCAACUUGGAGUUGUAAGGACCAAUUGUAUUGAUUGCUUAGACCGUACAAAUGUCACCCAGAGCAUGAUUGGUCGAAAAAUGUUAGAGUUUCAACUUAGAAGGCUUGGUAUUUUUGAAGCUGAAGAAACUAUUGGCACGCAUCCAAAUUUUGAUGAAAGCUUCAAAAUUUUGUGGGCUAAUCAUGGGGAUGAGAUAAGCAUUCAGUACUCUGGUACCCCUGCUUUGAAAGGAGAUUUUGUCAGAUGUGGCCAGCGCACAAUCCAAGGGAUUCUUAAAGAUGGCUGGAAUGCCCUUAUGCGCUAUUACCUAAAUAACUUUUGUGAUGGUACAAAACAGGAUGCAAUUGAUCUACUGCAAGGACAUUACAUUGUUUCUGUCUCCCGAGAUAUGGCUGCUACAUCUCAUAAAGGAGGCAUAGAGGCUAUCGCUUCCUUUCCGCUGGCUUUUUCUCUGAUCAUGGCUGGGUUCUUUUUCGCAAUGAUGUCACUGAGGCGGGUUCGAUAUGAUCUUUGGCACUUGCUCUUUUCAUUUAUGUGGGCGAGCUUGAGUUUGGCCAUUGCAGCAUUCGUGAAGGCCAAUGGCCGUAUUUUCUGUAAUAGGCCUCGCCUGCACACACCACGGCAUUGA